GCAAUCAUACUGUGUAUAAAAGUAACGGUGUCGGAGGGCAAGCAAAGUUGGAGGUGAACAGCAGAGUCACCACAGUACUUCGUACUCCGUACUCCCCACAACCCUGGAAUCUCGGAUCACUCGCUUGGUCAAGCGUGCACGAGUCAGCGGCCUCCUAAAGGCAACCUUGGAAGUGUCGACCUCAGCAACGCCCGGGGAUAAAAAAAGGGCAACAUCUCAAUAAGGUAUGCCGUACAGACAAGGUGAAGAGCAGGACCCGCCGUCGCCGUCGCCGGAUCGGCAAACCCGCCGUCCCCACACCCUUUCUCGUUCACGCUCCCCCGAUCGCGAAAACCGCAAAAGUCGCAGACACAAUGUCAGGAACCGCUCACCUCCACCCCAGAGAAUCCCCCUUCCUUUCAACGCGCCAAGGCUCUCCAAACGUCAACUCGCCGAGUACAAGCCUCUGUUUCAGUCGUACUUGGAGAUACAGAAGCGCUUGAAGCUCGAUGAACUCGAGGAGCGCGAAGUACGAGGGAGGUGGAAGAGCUUCGUAUCUCACUGGAAUCGAGGAGAGCUUGCACGUUCAUGGUACGAUCCAUCCAUGCUGAAGACGGCCAAAGAGACUGUGUCUGCAUAUCGCCGCUCGCGUGCAGAGCCCAAGUUGCGUGAUUCGCCCACAUAUGACCCCCAGCACAUGUCACAGAUUGUUGCCCGCGGCGAAUCCCAAAGCGAGGAUGACUUUGGGCCUACCAUUCCGAGACAUGUCCUGUCCCGACGAACGGGGCCAACGAUGCCAAAGGUGGACGACCUCGCUCUGCGCGACCAACUGAAUGCCGAGGACCGCAUGCGAAUGAGCUCAAAUUAUAGAGAUGACGUACGCUACGAGCGCAAGGAGGAGCGCAAGGCUCAAAAGGAGCGCCUGGAGGAACUUGUCCCCCGCGCGGAUCCGGGUUCCCGUGAGCGCCAGCUGGAGAAGAAACGGGAGGCCACUAGCACUCUGAACGAGUUCCGCAAUGCAAAGGAAGGAGGUGACGCCGAAGUGGGGGAUGCCGAUCUGCUCGGCACCGACGACAUGGACGAAUAUAAACGUAGCAGGAGGGAAAUGGAGCGGAAGAAAUCCGAGAGAGAGAUACGAAGGGAGGAGAUGAUGCGCGCGAGGGCGGUGGAACGUGAAGAAAAGCUCGCUGAAUUCCGGCAGAAGGAAGCGGCUACCAUGGAGUACCUGAAAGCGAUCGCGAAGGACCGCUUUGGUUAAUCGGCUCUCUAGGAAUCGAAUUACUGGCCAACGGGCAACACUCCAACCACACGAGCGCCGGCCCAUUCUAUGAAGCUUGCUGAAAUGGUAUCUUGAUAUGCCACCAACGCCUGAAAAUGCCCUCCAGCCAUUGAAAUGAUGGACUCGUCCAUUUGCCGGGACGCCGUUACACAGAGAAAGUGGUUUGCGAGCUUCACUCGUCAUCCAAUAUGGAGCUCGCCAGAGGACCAAAGAAAGGAACUUCGUAGCGGUCAAGAGUACCGGCUAUGGAACAA